AUGCAUGUAUAUCUAUCUGCCGGCUAAUGCCUAAUGGGUCCGGCCAGAUCCAGUUCUACCAUCAGCACCCCAGCGGAGCCGGCAGUUAGCAGCCUAUAUUUACACCACACUCAAAGUGCAUAUGGUGAACAGCCAGCCGGAAAGGAAGGGAAAGGGGCCGGGUCUGUGGCUGCGCUUGCGUCGGUGUCGAGUGAUGAGCUUUUGCAGGCCGCAUAUAAAGCCGGCUGCAUGGCACAACACUUCCCCACUUGCACUGUUGCAACUUCUAUUUGAAAGCCACAAAGUUCUUACUGUUCAGUUUUACCGGAAUUUUAUGUGUUUCUUUUUCUUGUAAUCGAGAAGUAACGUUUCGCUAUGAGAAUGUUGGCUACCAGUUUCCAGUUGAUCUGCUCGGCGGUGUUCUUUCUCUGCCUGGGCGUUGUCCUCGCCUCGCCUACCGUCAGAAGGUCAGCCGUCGAUGAGCUGAUUGGUCAGCUGACACCCAUUCACCCUCGUUGCGAGAGUGACGGGGAAGUAGAGUCAAGCGAUCCCUGCCAGCCGUACUGCGUCUGCUCCAAGGGCAAGCUCAUCUGCGCCCAGAUUACUUGUACCGAUGACUUCGACCUGGACGAUCCCAAGGCCAAGUGCGAGAAGGUCCACGUCCGCGGACGCUGCUGCCACAAUUACCUAUGCGUACACGAAGACGGCACCGGUACAAUGAUGUAUCCGCUGCCCAUUGUCAGCGCACCAGAUGAGCUGUACGAAAUCAAACGGCGAUGACAAGGAGGAUGACCUUUCCGUCGAGCCCACCUUGUAUCCUGUAUACACAGCACACCAUCACACAAUCCCACACACGUAUACAACACACCCACUUCCCCUUCAGCGUAUUGUGUUCAACGAUCUCGUCAUAACGGAAUUAGACUAUUUAUUUAAAUUCUUUUGAAAUGGCUUUCUUCUCUUUCUCUCGCGCGGCUUUUUAUUUGUAGCACCAGUAUGAAAUACUGGCUAAUUGCUAUGCUUGUACACGUGGUUGGUUGUUAGCUGUCAUACAGCUUCUGUAGAACUGUGUAGUAUAACUCUGACGCAAUAGCUUGGCUUUGAUUUAAAUGUAAUUAUUUCAGCGGAAAUGGUUUUGGUCGUAAAGAGGUUUCCAGUUGGCGCACCUUUUUAUUAAAUAACCGCGA